AUGGCUGUGAGAGUAGGGGGCUUGGGCCAGGUCUCCAUGCAGCAACAAGAAGCAUAUCAGGCUCAGUACCAGCACCAACCCCAGCACCAACCCCAGCACCAACCCCAGCACCAGUGUCAUCUUCAGACGCAGGCAUUACGGGACCCAAGACUUCAACAUCCGUUGGAUCCACCACUUCCGGGGCUGCGGGUAUUUCCACCCGUAGCUGACCUGUCACAGCAACAACAGCAGCAAAAUCAGCAUCGGAUAUACCAGCCACAAGCGCCACCACCGCAGCUGCACCAGGGCGGAGAUGGAACAGGACACAGAAGGACCUCAUCAUGGCCUCAGAGAAUAGAACCGCAGAUGCUUCCUCCACAGACUAGAAAGAGGAGAAUGCAUGGGAAUGGCUGGCCACAGCACCCGAGGACCGGCUACAAUUCCAGUCGCAUUGGUGGUUCAGGAGAGAUGGAACGGUUCCAACAACCAACAAAUAGACUACCACCAUCUCACUUAAAUCUGGCAGCCUACAACAGUGCAGUCCGUGGGCAAGACCCAACGCUAGGCCAAUACGUGGAAAAUUAUCCUAUGCAAGGAAUCUCGCAUCAAGUUGGGUACGUUGGCCAGGGAGCAAGUUGGAGAGCGCCUAUAGGAAUGCCUGCGUCCGCAGCAAGGCCUGGUUGGACGCCAAAUCAUAUGAGGUCGCAAAGCGACGGUAUGUACAGCUUGGACGGCGACAGAUAUUUUGAGGAACCUCAUGGUCCAUCUGCCUCAUGCCAGUUGAGGCAAAAUGGCGGAUUGCAGCGAACGCCCAGUUUCGGAAUGAGCAUGCAAUGGGCGCAACAUGGCAAUAGAACACUUGCACUGCAAUCGCAUUUGGCGACGAUGGGACCCGCACCGUCAGUGCCGCCGGAGCCUGCGCGGAUUCGCCCGGAAGAAUGGAAUACAAACCAUGCGAGCCCGGUGACGCAGAUUUCUAAUAAGAUGUCACACCGGACCACAACUCACGCCAACCCACCAAUAGAAAGUUCAAAUGGGAUGUCAGCAGAAGAACAUGGCUAUAAGUUGACCCAACCCACUCCUCCUGUUUCGCCAAGACCGAUAGCAGCACCCAGGAAUCGCACUUGCGAAGACCCACUACUCAUGCUGCUGAGAGCUGCUGAAUUGAUUUUAGGCCCAUUGAUACCCAAAGGCAUGUCCAUGAUUGCAAAGGAGGCUGGUGGUGAGAAGCUAACUGCAAGGCAGAAAAUGCUCCCGCUCCCUGUUUGCUUCAAUCCUCUGUUUGCGAUGAGGACAAGAGACCAUCCAAACGAGCAAGCCGGGAAUCGACUGUCUCUACCUGGUCUGGGGAAUCCCCAUCGUAAUACAAAGGCCCAACGGCUGCCGCCCUUGGCAGAGGCGCUUCGGAAUGUCAACCUAAACAGUGCAAACUCUGAUACCUCUCCCAAAGAUUCACAACAGGCUGAGGCCCUCAACCCCUCAACCCUAAGACAACUCAGUUCUGAAUCUAGGGAAUCUGAUAUGUCGUCAUCUGAUAUUUCCCAAUCGCCUAUUCUUAAAAAACGCAAACUUGAAAACUGUUCAUUUCAAACCCCAUGCCAAACUCCAGGGCAUGAGGGAGUCAGACAGCAAUAUGAGAAACCCUUCAAUAUUUUCGAGCAAAUCCUCAAAAGACCGGAUCUGACCUUGCUCCUAGCAAAGCAUCUGCGUGUACAGGAGCUUUUGAUUUUAUAUCGUAUUUCAAGAGAUUUCCACAAUGUGGUCAACACUCGCUUUACAACUGUAAUCCAGGCACAAGCACGUGCACGCGCUCCAGAAUCUGCAAAAAUAUUUCCGCCUCGUUGCUAUGCAAAACUUUGCAUUCCAGACCCAGGUUUACGGCCCCAUCCUGUUGCAAGACGUGCUGCUGUAGGAGAGACACGCAGAGUUCCAUCGUUCCGAUGGCUGCUCAUGGUGUGUUUUCGCGAAAUGGUCUGUCAUGAGAUCAUCACUAUCCUGGCAGAGGAUGGGGUCCCUGUACCAGACCGUUGCGCAGAAACCAUGAAAAAGAUAUGGCUCCUCAUGGAUAUUCCAGACAACGCACGACGAAUAGGACUAGCUCAAAACCGCGAGAUUUUCACGGACGUCGAUCUCUUCUUCGCUACAUUGUUUUUUGUCAAGCUCGACAUGCGUUUCACGGAUCCAAUCACCGGUAGCGGGAAGGAUGGGAUGCGCCGCUUGUUGCUCGCACAACCUAGCCUUUCCAUGCUUUGGCGCACACUGAAACGGACAGCAUUGAUCAGCAAGCUGGACGUAAUGCGACUAUUCGUCCGUUGGAAGUACCAGCCACGCCAGGAUCAACGGGGUUUAAGUAUCUUCGGCAUUCCAGCGCACGAGGUGGGCAUCGUGCAGUACCAAGGCUGGGGCCGGACACGCAACCGAACGCUGCUACAGAGACCAGACGAACUGCUGCUGAAGGAAUCAGUACGCAGGGGUUUAGAGUUGCAGCAGAGGUAUACGGAUAUGUUUCUGUGGGGGUAUAUUAAUCCGAAUACGAUGCAGGAUUACCCGCCGGUGUUGCGCCGGAGGCAGAUGGAGAGGAUGGAGGGACUGGAAGAAAUGCUUGUGCCUGUGGAGGACAGGGGGAAGGUGGAGGUAGGGAAGGUAGUUUCGAGGAGGGUUAGGGGGUGA